CCUUGGCACAGUACGAAUAUUCCAGUUGAGGAAUUAAGACCUACAGUAGUAAAGGAUUACAAAAGCAUUUAUCAAAGUCCAGGAAUGCCGCCACCACAUCACGAGGAUCGUCUCUUUGGUAUCCAUUUCGGAUUGCAUUUGGGCCACAAUGGACACCAUCACCACCACCACCACGGACACUCGCCACCGCCGCACCACCAUCAUCACCACCACGUUCCACCACCGCCGACGUACCACGAUCAUCAUCACCAUCAUCACCACGGCCCACCGUCGCACCACUAUGACCAUCACCAUGGAUACGUUGAGCACCACCAUGGACACUAUGAUCACCACCAUGGACCCCCACAUCAUCAUCAUCAUCACUGCUAAGGCACAGUGAAUUGAGGAAAUGAUGCAAUGAUGAACUUUGUGAUUGCCUGUGAAGUGAAUUUAUAUACAUUUAUGCAAAAAAUAUAACGAAUUUUAUUUAUUUUAUA